AAUCCCGUCUUCGCUUCCACACUUCAGUUGUUGUCUGGCCCCCUCUUCUGUUCAUUCAUUUUUCCUCUCUUUUUGGUCUGUUAUAUCUUCGACUUCUCCAGCAGAAAAACUUAAUUAGUGUAACACCAAAGAAAACAAGAUGGGGAAAAUGCCCAACUGGACUUUUUUGGAUUUCGCUUUCAGCUUGUUGAAGAUAAAUUAUUAAUGCAAAUUAAAAAAGACUGGAACUUCCUUUGCUCCCUUUCUUGUUUUCUGUUCAUUCCCUAAGGGAACAGAGGAAUGCCCUUCUCUAGUUCUCUUGCAUCUCUUUUGCUAUCAUUCAAAAUUAAACCAUUUGUAUCUUCCAUUAUUUUCAGCGCUAAGCUUGAACUUUCCCACCCGUUUCUUUUAAAGCCCUGUUUUCAAGAUUGUUUUUUGUCUUUUGUACGUUUCCUGUUUGUCUUUGUUUAUGUUUUUUAAAACGAAAAUAACAUGUCAUAGUUGAGCCAAAAGAAGCAACUUCACUGAAUCAUAAUAAUUUCUGCUUGGAAAGGCUAUAUGAAAGCUGUGGCACAAUGAGAGAUGGGAACACUAAGAAGGAGCAAGGUUAUAUUGAGACAAGCCAGAAACCCAUUUGAUUCUUCUGUCAUUUUUUGUAAAGUAUGAGAUUGCUGUUUAUGUCAAGUGUAUUUCCCUAAUGAAGAUUUCAUGGCCCAAGACAUUGAUCAAGAAGUGGUUGAACAUCAAGAGUAAAGCUGAGGACUUUCAUGCUAAUGAUAUUGAUUAUGAAGAUGUUGAUGAACAUUGGAGACGCAACUUCUCUGAGAGGGAGGCAUGCACCAUUAAGAAAAGUAAAACAGAGAGAUUGAGCAAGAGGUAUUCUGAUCGAGUUCCACUAAGUAAGAUUGACCUUGAUGGCUCACAAGCUAUAGAUGUCCAUAAUUAUAGGGUCUUUGUAGCUACAUGGAAUGUAGCUGGGAAAUCUCCUCCUAGUUAUUUGAAUCUCGAAGAUUGGCUUCAUACCUCUCCUCCUGCUGACAUUUAUGUUCUCGGGUUUCAAGAAAUCAUUCCUUUAAAUGCUGGUAAUGUUUUGGGCACUGAAGACAAUGGACCAGCUAGGAAAUGGCUAGCUCUCAUUAGGAAGACCCUGAAUAGUGUUCCCAGCACCGGUGGUGGAUGCCAUACACCUUCACCUUCACUAAUACCAGAUCCACCCGUAGAAUUGGAUGCUGACUUUGAAGGAUCGACAAGGCAAAGAGCUUCAUCUUUCUUCCACAGACGAUCAUGUCAAUCCUUGAGUCAUAGCAACAUGGAGAUGUCACAACCCCGGCUUGAUCAUCGGUUCAGUGUUUGUGAUCGUGUUAUCUUUGGGCAUAGACCAAGUGAUUACGAUCCUAGUUUCAGAUGGGGUUCCUCUAUCUCUGAUGACGAGAAUGAACAUGGGGAUUCACCAAGUAACACUCAGUAUUCGCAACAUUCUCCAAUGUCCUGUGGUGGAUUUUUCUCGGCAGAGGAAAGCAAUAGACAGAUGGGGCAUUCAAGGUAUUCUUUGGUGGCCAGCAAACAAAUGGUUGGAAUAUUUCUAACUAUAUGGGUGAAGAGUGAUCUUAGAGAUGAUGUGCACAGCAUGAAAGUGUCAUGUGUUGGCAGAGGAUUGAUGGGUUAUCUUGGAAACAAGGGUUCCAUUUCUAUUAGCAUGUGUUUGCAUCAAACCAGCUUUUGCUUCAUCUGUAGUCAUUUAACCUCUGGGCAAAAGGAAGGUGAUGAACUCCGAAGAAACUCUGAUGUUAUGGAGAUCCUCAGAAAGACGAGAUUUCCCAGGGUUCAUGGAAUGGGGGAUGACAAUUCUCCCCAAAUGAUUCUGGAACACGAUCGCAUCAUAUGGCUUGGGGAUUUGAAUUAUCGGAUUGCUCUGUCAUACCGUUUUGCGAAGGCUCUAGUUGAGAUGUGCAAUUGGAAAGCCCUGUUAGAGAAUGACCAGCUUCGUAUAGAGCAAAGACGGGGCCAUGUUUUCAAGGGAUGGAGUGAAGGAAGAAUAUAUUUCCCUCCCACAUACAAGUAUUCAAAUAAUUCAGACAGAUAUGCUGGGGAGGACCAGCACCUAAGGGAGAAGAGAAGAACUCCCGCAUGGUGUGACCGUAUACUGUGGUAUGGAAGAGGCCUCUGUCAGUUAUCUUAUGUUCGUGGGGAGUCAAAGUUCUCAGAUCAUAGGCCUGUUUAUAGUGUAUUUUCAGCAGAGGUUGUGUCUAUUAACCAUAGCCGAAUCUGGAAAAACUCGAGUUGUUCCAGUGCCAGGAUCGAGGUUGAAGAGCUGCUGCCACUGUCACAUGGAUACACAGAACUCAGCUUCUUUUGACAUAAUUUCUACCAAUCCAUAUUCUAUGAUACAUGCUUGAGGAAAAUGAGACAGGACAUGUUAGUAAUACAUAAAAGGUUUCAUGAAGAAAGUAUAAUUCUCUCCUCAAUUAGCCAGGUGGGAUGCCCUGUGGAAUCUGUACCUCGGUGGCAAUAACAACGAACUCGUGGCUGCAGUCCAGAAGAAGGUACAAAUUGUAUAUUGUCAUUCCAGAUGUUCGCGGCAUAUCAUUGCCUCACCUCAAAUUAAAUGCCUAGCUGCUAAAAUGAAAAAAGUCCAGCUUCGAAAAGGCAUCCAUGACCUAGUUGUUACUGUGUCCUUUUCCAAAUUCCAUCGGGAAAACAUUUCGAAAAUAAAAUACAAGGUAAUAAUGGAUUACUUUACCAUCAUAUUUGGUAAUUGACAUGUCUCAACGUGAAGUUUUUUUACUUGUGAGAUCAGUUUAUGAGUGUAGAACUAGAAGUUUCAUUGCUCCUAGGCUACACCUGAGAGUCCCUUUUGUAAAUUGCAGCAAAACUAAGAGUUCCAAAUAAAUAAAUAAAUAAAAGAAAAGGAAGAAAUUGCAUUAUCAGUUUGUCAUUUCCAUUUUGUAGAAGAUAAAAUUCCUUGUAAUGUGAUGGGUGCUAGUUUGUUUGAUUAUUCUGUGCAAUGAAAAUCGCCCCUUCGGGUAA